AUGGACGACCAGAUUGACCCCAUCUGCCUCCGAUUCAACGCCCGCCUUGCAGCCUAUCGGCAAAAGGCCGAAUUAGCUAAGCAGACUACAGGACAGCUGCCAAAAUCGAGGCCAAGAAAAGACAUCGUCAUUAGGGAACAUCAAGUAUUCUCCACUAUUCCAUCGAAGCUCCUUGACGAUGAAGUUUAUCAUGCAGAGGAUGAGUUUGUUCCUCUCGCAUACCCGCCCUCUACCAGAAGUAUGAGAGAGCUACAACAGAUGCCGCUGAAGGAUUUGCGAUUGGAGACUCAUCAUCACGGGAGAGUCCUGAUUGUACGGUUGCCAGUAAAAGCGCUUAGAAUACUGCGAAACAUUCAGACCGUCGUUGAAGACUCUGAAGGCGAUGUCGAGAAGCUACUCAUCUUCAACUUUCCAUUGUAUCUGGACCCGACAUCUUCACUUCCCCGAGGUCAACACAUCGCAAUCAAAGAGCCAUACUACACAGCCCAUGGUGAGGGUGGUGUCAUCCAUGUGCAUCAUUCUUCGGAUAUCCUCCGCCUUGGAUCUGCGGACGAGCUGGUGUCACCACCUAUGAAGAAUGGGGCGACCAAGAAAACUGCAGAACAAUGGAAAGUCGAGGGAAACGAAGCUUACAAGCGGGGCCAAUAUCAACAAGCUAUUGAAUGUUUCACUUUAGGACUUGCGGUCUUAAAUGAUCCCACCCAAGAACUUGGCCGGACGUUGAGACGCAACCGAGCGUUAAUGCACUUAUCUCUCGAACAGUACGACGCCGCCAAGGCCGACGCAAUACAGUCUCUAGACAAUACCUCCAGCAACAUCAAAAGCUUGUAUCGCGCGGCGAUGGCAUGCUACGAACUCGAGCAGUUUUCAGAAUGUGAAACUUUUCUACGGAAGAUACUUAAAUGCGACAUGAGCAACAAGGACGGCCAGCGGGAGUACAAGCGCGUUUUGGAACGUCUCAAAGAGGAGCGACUUGGAAUCUACAACUGGAAAGAGAUGAUCAACAAAGUCAAGAACGGCUUGUCGUUGGACCUGGCGUCUUUCAGAAAAAGAGUUACUGUCAAGGAUACGGGAGACCGUGGUCGAGGACUCUUCACCCGUGAAGCAGUUAAAGCCGGUGAUCUCCUUCUCGUCGAAAAGCCUUUUGCUGCUGCUUCCGGAGACGAAGAUCCCAAAGAGAAUUACAAUCUCAUGAACAGCAACACUCUGCGCUUUCACAUCAGUAAACACGUUCAGCUUGUUCGAAAAAUUGCCACAAAACUGGCAAAUACAUCUCAGGGACCAAAAUUCUUGGAUUUGCACGCAGGAAGCUACCCACGGACCGGUAAAGAAGGAACAAUCAUUGAUGGGACUCCUGUUAUUGACAAUUUCCUUAACAUUGCCAUUCUCGAACUGAAUUGCUUCGGGUUCCCUGGACGCACUCUUAUUGACGCAACAUCUACAUCAUGUGAAGACUCCUUAGGCAUCUGGAUCACUGCUUCCUAUCAAACAAUCGUUCAUUGGCGAAUGAUGGUUGUCCGUGCAACAAGAGACCUCGAUGAAGGUGAGGAGAUCACCUUCGCCUACUUCGACCCAAAGCUUGGACUCGAUAAGAUUCGUAAGCGGACACUUCAAGAAUUUGGUUUUGAAUGCAACUGCGGCACCUGUUUCGCGGAUGUUCAGUGUACACAGGAAUCUUGUUCACAGCGGAACGCAAUCAACGCUGAAAUCACUACGAUCUUACUUGACUCCAACUCUGGGACCUCCGCGCCUAUGGUGGAUCGCGCUACGAGCCUCCAUAAGAAGUUGGCUCAGACAUACGACAGAGUAGCAUUCUUGAACCAGCCUCGUUGUGUUCUUGCACAGGCUACUGCGAGAUUAGCUAUGCUUCACGUCUCCCGGAACGCUACCAUUGCCGAGAAAUAUGCCUGGGAGGCCACAAGAUGCUUAGGAUUCAAGCGCUUGAGUUGUGCGGAAGGAUUGAUCAGUACUGCUGGCCAUGUGGAUGGCACAGUUAUUGAAGCCUGCAUAGUCCUCCAAGCUAUCAUGGCGAAACGGAACUCGCAGACGGAAGUGAACGUCAUCUUGAAAAGGGCGAAAGAAUUCUACAAAAUGUGCUUUGGGGAAGACGAAACGUUCUCUGAGAGAAUGACCGGACAUGUCAUAUACACACCUUCUUGAGCUUGCUAGCUACUGCAUUGAAGGCCAAGGUAUCGACCCGCAGCAUGCUGCUGGCCUUAAUAACCUUCAGCGGAUUCACUUGGGUUUGGGAUUAAAAAGAUAGGAC